GGUAUUCCAGAAGUCCGCCCUCGCUUUCGUUCCCCUCGUUCGUCCAAGUCCUCCGCCUCCCCCGCUGCCAUGCUUCCCCCCAUCGGUCUAUCCAGCUAUCGUUUCAGGUGAUCGUGGUGUAGCUGGAGAGGAGGUAUUCACUACAUUGCCCCAUCCUAUUUUCUACCACAGAACAUCGUGAAGGUAGGCCUCGCCUGUAAUGCCAUUUCUCUACCAGCGUUAGUACAGGGCAAGGCUCAGAAUCGCUCAGGUUAACGUCGUUUUCUACAUUCUUGAUCUCACGAUGUGUGGGUGUAUUGUGGACGCAGUUGGCAAGAAGUAUCAUGAAGGGUGUACAACUGUGGGCUGUCACGACCAUGCAUCAUGAGGCGAUAACUAGCGGUUCCGGCAGGCUUCCACGCUUGAGCUCGACUUUUCGGCGAUCCCGUCACCGUAGACGGAUGGCGCUUCGGUCCUCCGUUCACUACCACGCCCCCGGGGACGUGGUUUCUGAUAUUCAGUCCGGCUGAUAUACCUAACGACCUUCACGACUCGAAAUGACAGAUUUCAACUUGGUAGACAUCCGAGGAUGGGAGUAUGACCUCCAAUCCGUGUACACCGCUUAUAUGGGAUACUUCCAGCAACACAGCAUUCCAUGGUAUGACCGCACGUGGGGGCACCUGUUCAACACAUUUGAGGACUUUUUGUCCUUCUCUUGGCCUGUCAUCACAAUCACAGAUGCCCUAACAGGACGAGCGCACAUCGUUACGCGAAUGUCCUCAAUCGGAGCCUUUCUCAAAAUGAUCAAAACCAGGUUCGGCGAGACGCUACCCCUUGUUGACAACAUGCUCAAAGUCGACGCAUUCGAGACUCAUCAGAGACACUCACGCACUGUCUCCGACUAUGCGACGUACAAGAAGCUGCACGCUACGCUACCUGCAGCCGUUCUUGCUGCGCUUAAGGUACGCGUCAGGAACGGAGAUCCACGGGCCAUACGGGAUAUGUGGCAAAGAAAGGACAAAUCUUAUUUGGCUAUUGAUUUUGAGUGCUCGGAGAGGAACGCGUCAUCUGUGCUCGAGUGGGGAUAUGCAGCGCUACGAUGUGGUCAUCUAGACACGCUGGGAGCCUGGCCGCCAGUGCCCGAUGAUAAUUAUCGAAAAGGGCAUUAUAUAGUUAGCGAAUACGUGGACAAGAUCCGAAAUCGCAACACUCCAAAUUACCCUUGGCAGUACGCAUUCGGUGAAAGUCAAAUCGUUCCCAAGGACAAGCUGCCACAAAUUAUACAGGCAGUGAUCAGUAGCAUGGCUAGUCCCGAUUCGGAGACUUUUGUCAACAAUCUUGUCAUUGUGACUCAAUCAGCUACGGAAGACCUUCGUCGGAUGGAAGAAAUGAAAAUCAAGAUACCUCACAACGUCGUGGUUCUUGACAUCAACGCUUUCGAAAAAUCGCUAUUUCGGGCAGGUAAAAGAGGUGUAAUGUUAGACGCGAAGACCGGUCAACCUCGUCAACCCAACUCCACCAUCCCCCUUUCGAGCCUUCUCCUUUCCCUGAAUCUUCCCGUUGACUACGCACUUCACAACUCCGGGAAUGACGCCUUCGCGUGCCUACUCGCUUUCCAGAAGCUCCUAGACCCAGAGGGUACUAGGGCCCCGCCAUUACGGAUCAGGACCACAGGCAGAUCAGGGAACCUCAAUCCUGCCGCUGCUUCCAUACCAUUCUCGGCUGGGCUUGUGCCUAUGCCCAUGCCCAUAUUGACGCCCCCGAUAAUGUCGUCUCCUCUCUUACGUUCGCACUCGACUUCCCCGCAUGCCCGUACGCCAGAUGAUUACUUCGAUCGUGACGAAUUGUCUGUCAACCGCUCGAGGAGGUCAACCCAACAGCUUGCAGGCCUUUCCCCCGAUGCCGGUAGUAGGUCCCUCAGGGCAACAGACACAGGGUCGCGAAGGAUAAGUAUGAUGGUCUCGACUACGGAUGAGCAAGGAAGGAUGACGCGUGUCUCUAGUGGCGAGUUCCCUGACACCAAGAUGAGGAACACUCUGGGAUAAUAUUAUUUUACAUUGACGCUUAUCCCAUCAUUGAACGUUUGAACGUCGGACUCUCCUCCUUUCUUCUUUCUUCCGGACUACACCUUCCCUUCCUUCCAUCGGACCUGGCAAAUGAUUAUGGUACUCCGCCAUCCCUACGCUAAUUAUCAUUGUUCUUGGUUUUCGCUUCGCUUUCGUUGUCUAACUCAGCUUUGUUGAUGGACUAUUGAUGUAUGUGGAUCAGUACUCCCUUUUCUCUGAUUGGACGGGAGUCCACCCACGAACAGGGCGGGGAGUCAACUGACAGAUGUCCAUUCACAUAAUGGAGCGUCUGUAGAUUGUUAGUCUACCGGGGC